GUCUCUCAAAACAUAUAAGCAAUCGUAGGCCCAGCCUCUAACUGACCGUUGCGUCCUUGCGAUCGGAUCAAAAAUGGCAAGACGAUUCCCAACCCGCCUCCUCUUCACACUAGCAACGCCCCCCUUACUAGUGGGCUACGGUACACAUAUCUGGCUAAACUCGCUGGAAGCACGAUACCCCCCUAUUGCUCCAGACAGAUCCAGCACAGAGCUUCUCCGUACACCAGCCAACUCAACAACUCAACAUGUCCCCCACAUAGACAUCUACGCCGCCCGGAUCCGCCUCCGCGACCUACAAGCACGGACCAACACCCCCACAGAAAAACUCACGAAACAAGACCUGAACACUGCCUGGGCACAAUCACUAUUAAGCUGCAGUGUACUUCGUCUAGAAGCUAAAGUAAUCGGACUCUUCCGCAAGGGCAGAUGUGACCCAGGCGAUCUCGGUACCACUCCGACAGGGUUCAGCCCUGAUCCAGAAACGGGAGCGCCGCGCGAGCUUCUGAAUGGAGCUAUGACUGUUAUUCGACCGCCGGUGGGAGACGAGCCUUUGCUAGUGAAGUGGGGGAUUCCGGAUGAGCCCAGGCGGUUCUUUGAGAUGAUUGCUCUUUGGGGGUAUCCGUGGCGCUUGAUGACGGGCGGACGGCAUGAGAUGAGUGUUGAAGGGCCGUUUGACGGCGAAGGGGAUGAGGAGGGUCUAGGGCCGUUUGUGGAGGUGCGUUUCGCUUCAGCGCACACGUAUGAGAUUGUACCCGAGGAGGGAGGUAUUUCACAGCAGAAGACUAUUCCGAAGUGGGUUGGAAGGUUGCAUCGUGGGUAUGCGAGGUUUUUGUUGGAUACUGCUGUGAAGGAGCUGGUGGAGGGGACGGAAUGAUGGGUUCAAUUGAGUGGGUUUGACAACUCUUGAUAUGACCCUACGAUUUGUGUGUAUGCUACUUUGUAUCUUUAUGUGAUGUAUUUGAGCGUAUAGAAGUUAGAUUUCGGUAUGAACGUCAUAGAAAUGCGCGCGCUGGC